AUGCCCUUCCGAAUUCCAGCAAACUAUCGCAUCCCACAGAAGCGAAAGUCCCAGGUCCCGCAUUACGUAUCUAGGGUACGGAUGGGAGAAGCCAUCGCCUACCCUCGAGGCCACAUUGCCCUUCACGAACUGGACAGGUGGAUUCUUGACCGGGGCAACGACACCGAUGUAGAUUGUUUGCUGAAUGUCGUGAGGCCGCCGCGCAGAGACCCUGCAGCAAUGUCCGAGACCACUUACUAUGUCACGUAUUUCCAGCGGCGACUUGACGACAUGGAGCGUCAGGGCUCUACAGGCCGUGCUGCGACCUUCUUCAUACUCUCACUCGAUUCCACACUCCAUGCGAUGGAGCAAUAUCGCCAUGAGGGCAGCCGAGCUUUCAAGGAAGUGCAGGUCACAGAGCUCCUCAAGCAUGCAGACGAGGUCUGCCAACAAAUCAAGGCCGACCCAGAGUAUGUGGUCAUGCGGUACGCCAAGUGGGAGCAAGCCCUGACAGUCGCCUACAAUUCCUAUCGCAUGGCAUUCUUGGCCAUGGUCCCCUCGGGCCCCGAGCAAGACAACAUGGUGCCGCUUGUGUUAACACCCAUGGAGCUUUUCAUCCGCGGGUUUCUUCUCAUGGUGGGUCUCCUCAUGGGUAUAGUUGUGGUGUUGACUUGA